AGUAAAUUUCUGAGUGAUGAAGAAAACUUGAAACUGUUUGGGAAAUGCAGCAAUCCAAAUGGCCAUGGGCACAAUUAUAAAGAUUGACCCUGCUACGGGAAUGGUUAUGAAUUUGGCUGAUCUCAAAAAAUAUAUGGAGGAGGCAAUUAUGCAGCCCCUUGAUCAUAAGAAUCUGGAUAUGGAUGUGCCAUACUUUGCAGAUGUGGUGAGUUCUCCCGGCUCUAUAACAGGAAUGCCCCUUACCCAGCAGCAGGCAGACAUGGCCAUGGGUCAAGACAUCCUGCUUCAUGAGGAAACCGUUCCCACCACUGAAUCAGACUGUGUAACCCUUCCAGUGUUUACCCAGAGUGCCAGCAGCAACUUCUGUGGCCAUACGCUUCUCAUAAAAAGCAUGGCCUUUUCACAGAGCAUCUCCCAACAUGACGGCCUGCUUCAGCAGAGCAGGUACUGGGAGGAGGAGAUGAACCCUGCUCCUGUGGAGGCUGUGAGGUGUUGGUGUCGUGUACACAUCCAAGGGAUGGCCUAAUUAUUUACAACUAGGCUCCUGGAAAUCAGCCCUGAAUCCAGCUUUCUACCUUCUCUUUUCAAUAUCAUUCAAUUAAUUGAGUCACAGAAGCAGCCUUUAAUUCAUUUAAUUCCCUUACAGUCUUCUAACUUCUGCCAUAUAUCUCGUGACCUGUGAUUUUUCCUUUUGCACUGAUUUGAUACUAUGUAAUAGCAAUUAAAUAUCGUUACUUAUACCAGAGCAGCUUAUCUUUCUUAUCAACAAAAACAAAUAAGGUCCACACUCCUGAAAACAAAUAGGCUCUAUGUCUAGCCUUGUGAACAAAUGCAAUUUUGUCA